AUGAAGGAUUUUUACAACAGGUAAAAUUUUGUUUUGAAAGUUAGGUCUUGCUUUUGUGAAGGUUAAGUCUUAGCUUUGUGAAGGUUAGUUCUUGGUUUCAUGAAAUAGUCUUGAGUUUAUUGUUUUGAAAGUAGAGCAGUACCUAGAAACAUUCACAUAGAUCAUCAAUAAUGUCAGAAAUCUGCUCUUAUGACAAACAAAAUCAAGCGACGGUAAUGUUAGGAUUAAUAUAGCGAGACUUGUAUUUAUAUAUUUUAUCUUUGCUAGAUACAUCAUGCUAGUAGUGCUUAUAGGACUAGAUUUGCUGUUGAUUAAAAGGAGAUACAACAUUGCAAUUGCCAUAUAACGAGUCGCUCAGUGAUUUUAAAUUUGUUUGUUAUAAAGGAGCUUUUUCAUACAUGAGUUUUCAAUGCCAUAUGUUCGUUUUUCUUUUCUUUUUCUACCUAGGUAACUAGCUACCUGCAAAGUCAUAAUCAUAUGUGAUUUUCUAUCAUUUACCUUACCUUUUCAAUUUUUUAAAAUUUUUUUUCAAUACUCUUAAUUUACAUUUUCUUCAGCUCACCACCCCUCGUAGCCACCAUUGAACCGUUGCACGCGUCGCCAAAGGGCUCUUCCACAUCGUCGGCCGAAUUCGAGUUGGUGGAUCGCUACUGGUCGCCGCAUUCCUAUAGUCCCAACUCUUUUCUCCCGUCCCCCUUCAAUCAAGCCAGAAUGCCCAAUAUCAAGGUGUUCUCGGGCUCGUCGCAUAAAGAUUUGGCUGUGAGGAUUUGUGACCGACUUCAGCUUGAUUUGUCCAAGGCUUCGUCGAAAAAGUUUAGCAAUAAGGUGGGUGAAUUGGCUUGAACUUUGAAGGUUUAUGGGAAGGAAAAAAAUUUUUUAAAGUUUUGAAAGCAAAAAAAUAUUUUUUGGAGGUUUCUUGAAAAUUACUAAGUCUUUUGAUCUACAUAUCUAUUAUAUCGUGACAUUUCAGGAAACAAAUGUAGAAAUUGGUGAAUCAGUCCGAGGCGAAGACGUCUUUAUCGUCCAAAGUGGAUGCGGCGAAGUGAACGAUCAACUGAUCGAACUCCUCAUUAUGAUUAAUGCCUGCAAAAUCGCAUCGUGCUCACGCGUCGCCGCCGUGAUCCCAUGCUUCCCCUACGCGCGACAAGACAAAAAAGACAAAUCCAGAGCACCAAUCAGCGCAAAACUCGUAGCCAACAUGUUAUCAGUAGCCGGUGCCGACCACAUCAUCACCAUGGAUUUGCACGCUUCACAAAUUCAAGGCUUCUUCGACAUACCGGUCGAUAACUUGUACGCAGAACCAGCGAUUCUGAAGUAUAUUCGAGAGUCGAUCCCAGAUUGGCAAGAGUCAGUUAUCGUGAGUCCGGAUGCAGGCGGAGCGAAGCGAGUAACGGCCAUCGCUGACAGAUUAAAUGUGGACUUUGCUCUGAUUCAUAAGGAGAGGAAACGAGCGAAUGAAGUCGAGAAGAUGACAUUGGUCGGGGAUGUGAAGGGUAAAUGCGCCAUCUUGGUGGAUGAUAUGGCUGAUACUUGUGGCACUAUCUGUUUGGCCGCUGAUAAGUAGGUUUGGGGUGGGGAGGAUAAGGUGAAGUUGUUAUGGGAUUUUAUAAUUUGUGUAGACGUAGAGCUGAAAUAGGUCAACUAGGUUUGGCCUCGGCUCGGUUUAAGACAGGGCAGUGCAGAAGCAAAUUUUGAAAGGACCGGGCCGAGUUGGCAAGUGAGGGCCGGGCAGGCUUGGACGCAGGGCAGGGUGCCCUGUACCAUGCCCUGUUACAGGGUAUGGUAGGGCAUGUUUUAAAAAUUUUUUACAGGGCAUGGUCAAGCUUGGGACAGGGCAUGGCAUAUGCCCUGUAUUACCCUGCAAAUGCCCUGUUUGUGUCAUGGUAAGUUUUGGCGGACGCCUCCGCCGAGCGGUCGAUAAUCGGCGGGCGCCAUAACUUGAUUAGUUUAGUAGCUAGAAACAUGUAGUUCUUUUCAGAAAUUAUAAGACGUCAUAGGCUACAAAUGAGAACAUAAUUUGAAGAUCUUAAAUGUAGUAUUGAUAUCGACCGGUUGAUAAUUUUUAGUAUAUUUUAAUUGCAAAUUUUAUACAUAUUCUUAUCGCUCUGGUGUUCUAAAUUGUAUAGAAAUUGCAUUAGAUACAAUUCUAAGCAAAAACCUUUGUUUUUUGUAAAAAUUAAACAUUUGUAAAUUAUCGACCGGUCGAUAACAAUAUUGUUUUUAAAAACAUAAAUUAUUGGCUUAAUGUGUAAAUUAUAACAGAUAACAACUUCUGCACUUAACUAGAUGUUUCUAGCUGCUAAACUAACCAAGUUAUGACGUCCGCCGAUUAUCGACCACUCGGCGAAGGCGUCCGCCAAAAUUUACCCAAAUGCCCUGUAAAUACUCUGUAAAUGCCCUAAUGCCCUGCAGGGCAAGGGCAUGGUAGGGCAGGGCGUGAAAGUUGAAUGCCCUGUACAGGGCAGGGCACAGGGCAUGGCAUGGAAAUUUGCCAAUGCCCUGCCCUGUGUCCAAGCCUGGUCUGACCUUUUGACAGACCUAUAUAGACUCAUCUUUAACCGUUUCAAAAAAAAGACUCUUUUUUAAGCAUUUUAUUUUUAGGCUAGUCGAAGCAGGCGCGGCCAAAGUGUUCGCCUUCUGCGUUCACGGCGUCUUCUCGGGUCCAGCACUGGAUCGCUUGAACAAAAGCUCAUUCGAAGCCAUUGUCGUGACGAAUACGAUCCCACAGGAGGAGAAUAUGAAAAAGUGUUCCAAGAUUCAGUGUAUCGACAUCUCCAUGAUUUUGGCCGAAGCCAUCCGCCGAACUCAUAACGGCGAAUCCGUCUCAUACCUCUUCUCGCACGUUCCUCUAUAG